GCGGUUCUAAUCUAAAUUCCCUCUCUGCUCGAUCAACAUCAACCAGACUGCGCACGUUGAUUGGACCGGGGGUCCGCGGUGGUCCGAGCCAACCCCGCAUCCAGAAGGUGAGUCAUCACUAAAAACAACAUUUCGAUCAUCUCAUUAACGAACACCCUUACACUCGAGGAUUCCCUUGCAAUGUGCUCACGGAAGCGGCCAUUCCCUGACCAGGUUGCAGCGCCAAAGCGAAGUGCGUGGCAACAACCAGCGUCAUGUGAUUUCUGCCGGCUCAAGAAGAUCCGGUGUGACAAGCAACGCCCGUGCUCUAGUUGUGUAUCUAGAGAUACUAUAUGUGAAUAUGCUUCAGUGCCACCAGGGACCCCGCAGCCAACUCUCCAGACGGCACGCUAUGAGAGUGCACAAGCCACACACAUAGGCUCUAUAUUGGUAGAAGAGGAUAUCCAGGAGAUGAAGUAUCGCUUAAAGCGGAUAGAACAGCUGUUGCGUGGCCGACCGGGCCCACCAAAAUUCUCAGAUCCGAGUGGCCUAUAUUCUUUGGCCGUUACGCCCCUGUCUGAAUCCAAGGCAACAAUCCCAAAUAUUGUCGACCGAGAUUGGGACAAUCUGGAGUCGAUUGCAGCGUCCCCGCAGUGCGAAAAUAUAGAAAAUGCUUCUCCCGCAAACACCAGUCUACUCAGUCCCGCAGCUACGACGACAGCUUAUCCUACAAACGCCUCUCGGGUGAAUUGCCGAACUCCAGAUUCGGUAGCAAAUGGACAACUUCCGACGCUUGGAACAGCUAGGGCGCUCCUUGAGCAUUACAUCCAAGGAGUAGACUGUUUGGGUCGUGUAGUCCAUGGCCCAUCGACAAGGAAUCUCCUCGAAAGCGUGUAUUCCCAGCUUUCACAGUCAAUCAAGCCGCCCGAUGAACGCGUGAUCUUCCUUCAAUCAAUUUUUGCCUCCGCGUCGUUCUACUUAGAAUCUGAGCAUGUCCAUCAUUCAUCGGAUGACUUAGCCCUGCUCACAGGGCAAUCGCACAUUUGGAAGGAGAUCGCGCUCCACCACAUGUUACAUAUUGAUCAGGUCUUCUCAUCCUCUUUGAUAUCCCUCCAGUCGGCUUUGAUCAUUCUAUUUCUUCUGUGGGAUUCAGAGGGUCAAUCAAAGAGAUAUCAUACAUUGAAGAGUCUCGCGUAUGCUAAGGCAAUCCAAGUGGGUAUACAUAAUAUAGACGCCGAAUCGUCAACCGUUGGGCCAGACUCACUUGAACGGGAGAUGAAGCGCCGCUUAUGGUGGCAUCUUACUUGUACAGAUUGGUUACUUGGAAGUGCACCCGGCCCUCAGCAUGGCAUUUACAUGAUCAAUCCUCGUCAUACGACCGUCAGGGUCCCUGCCAAUAUAGAAGACGAAGGCCUGACACAAGAGGGCCCGUGUGCAGACCCGAAACCUGACUACCACCCAACUUCAAUGUCAUUCUUCCUCUAUCGCCUCAAGUUCGCCCAACUCUGUCGCGAAUCUAUGGACGCAAUGGACCACGCAAAAACUAUGAGCCCUUCACCAAAAGCCAUUUACCAGCUCAUACUUGAUAUAAGCGACAGGUACAUGUCUUUCCUGAAUGAGCUACCGUGGUUUUUCCGCCUUCACGGAGAUGAGGAAAAAUGUGCAGAAUUGGCCGAGAAGCAGCCCUACAUCUCACAUCAGCGCGCCGCGCUUCUAUACGGCAUCUACUCACGGCUCGGCCGCCUCCAUCGGCCAUUUAUCUCUAAGGGAAUCACCGACCCUUCCUUUCAUGCCUCGUAUAAAAUCGGUAUUGAGUGUGCAGAAAAGCUCCUGCAGAUACGUCGGAUGACCGUCCACCAGGGCCGACUUGACAUAUUUGGUCGCUCGCAGAGUGUCGACCAACAUACCUUCAACGCUAUGCUGCUCCUCACAAUAGAGGUCAUGGCGCACCCAAAGCUACCCGAUUCAGAGCGACGGAGAGCGGACGUAAUCGAAAUAUGCCGGCUUCUGCAAGAUAAGCACACGCGGCUGGCUCAGCCUUCAAAUAAUGGAAUCAUUCGAGCGGUCCAGUUACUGUUGGAUAUCGUCCGGAAUCCGAACACCCCCCUCCUCAAAGAUCGUGGAGAUAAUACCGCUCUAGUCUUGUCAAAUAGUGCGCAAACCAAGGAUGGAUGCAUGCCUCCGGAUCUAUGUACAGGGUUGACCUCAGGCGAACCCACGGCGGAGACAUCACAUGAGAUGGCCUGGAUCGAUGAAUGCCUUUCGGGCACUCAUGGUCAAAGUAUCAAUGUCGUUUUUGAUGAGCUGCGGGGAUCCCUUUCCGAGACAAGCAAUUUAUCCUGGGAGGGAUUCUUUAACUGGGAGGGCCUCUCCUAAUAGCUUUUAUGGCUCCUAGUCGUGCGUGAUCUUAUACUAAUAGAAUGCGAGUAAAGAGCAGCAACUAGUCUUUGCCCAGCAUGAUGCUCCACCUUUCGACGGCAGCGAUGCCCAGUUCCAAAGUCGCCGUUUCGCGUGUGUCCCCACUACGUUCGCUUGGAAACGGACGAGUGAACCGAGCCUGCAUCGAGUGCAGAGAGCAGAAAACAAAAUGUAAUGGUCAUCAACCGUGUGGUUAUUGUACCAGUCUUGGAGUGGAAUGUGUAUACAUGGAUAGAAAGCGUGAGGCGAUAUAGAAAUGGCUGCUGGAGCUAGAGAAGCAGGCUUAAGCCUAUAAUAAACUCCUUACUGGAAUCCAACCGUGUCUCUAAGCUUGCCUGGUUUGGGACACGCCGUGCAAGUUAUUAUCCGUGGCGUCUUCGCUCUGCGCUAAUCUGAUCUUUCUUGUGUGGAGUAUACUCGUUGCCUGUUAAGACAGUGGCUGCGAAACUACCCAUGGUAAUGAUAAACUAGUUCAUAAACCUUCGAACUAGUACAUGUACACACUCAUUGCUUGUUAUUGUAUACC